GGGCACAAAUCUCGUGUACAAAUAUACGAAUCAUCAGUGCGGACACCAAUUACUUCCCACGACUGGUCCCUGAAGCACUUCGGAUCACCUCAAUCGAGAAGAAGGAACAGAUUUCCAGAACUCAGUGCUUAGAGGGCUAUACUUUUGGCAUCAAAGGUCCGGGUGUUUGGGUCAGUGGUGGAUGCAGUGGGGUUUUCUAUGUCUGCUACGAACCAGGAUACACAAAAACCAUCAAAUGUGAAAGCAACAAAUUCCGAGACGCCUACUGCCAAGUUGGCGGAGUCAUGCGUUUGUUGACACUCGCCUUGCAAAUAUCUGGAUCUGCUUGCACUGAAGGGCACUCUUAUUCAGAUCUGGGCAGCGUCAUCAAGGUUAGCAACGGAUGCAGAGCUUAUUUUUGGGCGGGUCUCUAA